AUGCUGCUCAAAGCAAGUCAAGCGUUGGUGCUUUUGGCCACUAUUUCCUCAACAUUCUACGCCCAUUUUGCCAAUGGCUAUCACAUACCUAAGCCGGAUAUUCCGGGUUUGAAAAUUCUUUCUAUUACUGCAUUUCUACUUCAGGACUACCCAAUUACGGGCGUGCAGGUGAAUCCUAUACAGUCGCAGAAUGUGACUAUCAGCUUCUGGAAUGUCACAGUUACCUAUACGCAUCCGGGCUGGGAUGACCUGAUUCAUGCGCACGUUUGGGUACCAUUGUCUGGAUGGAACAAUCGGCUCCAGGCAGUUGGAGGAGGAGGGUGGGCAGGGCUUGUGGACUAUGGCACAUUAGCUCUGCCUGUCUAUCAAGGAUUUGCAGCUGCCGGGUCUGACAUGGGCCACGACAGGAUUCCUUGGUCAGCAAAAUCAUGGGCUCUCGAGGAUGCCUCGGGCCACGUGAACUUCGCCCGACUGGCUGAUUUCUUCUCAACCUGUCUCUAUGAGCUGUCGCUUCUCGCCAAGUAUAUCAUACAAGAGUUCUAUGGAACACUACCUGCUUACUCCUACUGGAACGGCUGCUCGACUGGUGGGCGGCAGGGAUUGGAGAUCGCCCAACGAUGGCCCGAUGCAUUCGACGGCAUAUUGGCGGGGGCGCCAACCAUAAACUGGGCGCAGUUCGUCCCUGCAAACUACUGGCCAACAUUCGUCAUGAACCAGCUUGGGGUCUAUCCCUCCCCCUGCGUCAUGGAAAAGAUAACGGAUGCAGCAGUCGCUUACUGCGAUGGUCAGGACGGUGUUGUCGAUGGAAUCAUUGCUCUGCCGUCGCUUUGCAACUUUAAUCCCCUUACUCUCAUAGGGAUGGAGGUUUGGUGUGAAUGUAUUCCCAGCAUAAUUACUGCGGAAGUGGCAUUACUUGCAGUGUCAUACUGGGCAGGUCUAACUGCUAAAGAUGGGACCCCUUUGUGGUACGGUUUCAAUCAGGGUACGCCAUGGAAUUAUACGAUCUGCACUGCUACCGAUGAUAUUGGGAAUCACCGAUGUCAUUCUUUGCCCGAUUACUUGAGCGUGGACUGGCUGCAAUUUUUUGUUGCUCAAGAUCCCGAUAUCGACUUGGUUGACAUGGAUCAUGCUGAGUUUGAGUCCCUCUUCUAUCAAUCCAUCAUCGGAUACAAAGCAAUUACCGAUGCUAACAAUCCCGAUCUCUACGACUUCAAGAAUAGAGGGGGAAAGAUUAUCCAUUGGCAUGGCUUAGCUGAUUGGCAAGUUCCUCCAAAUGGCUCUGUGAACUACUACAGAAAGGUCCAACUGCGUGAUCCAUCAGUCCAGGAUUAUUAUCUCUAUUUUGAGGCGCCAGGAGUCGAACACUGUGGUAAUGGAAAGGGACCAGCUCCAACUCGUUUGAUGGAGUCAUUGAUGGCAUGGGUUGAAGGAGGCAUUGUUCCUGAUCAUCUGCACUCUGUCUCUGAGGAUGGUGGGAUGUCAAGGAUUCUCUGUCCCUAUCCUGCUACUGCGCAGUAUAUAGGAGGAGACCCUACAAUUGCUUCAUCGUUUGUCUGCCAGUAGAUUGUUCAGCGC